AUGACGAUGUUACGCGCUCCAUCGCCAAGCAGCCUAUAUGGCUUGGUUGAUAUGGGGAGCAAUGGCAUCCGCUUCUCCAUCACCGACCUCUCCCCCUCCACCGCCCGCUCUCUCCCUACCGUCUAUCAGGACCGCGAGGGUAUCUCCUUGUUCGAUGCCCAGUACUCGUCAGGCGCCCAAGGGCCGAUUCCUCAGGAAACCAUCGACGAAGUUCUUUCUUCCCUGUUGAAAUUUAAAACUGCUUGUGCCGACUUCGGCGUCCCAGAGACCAAUAUCAGAAUCCUUGCCACAGAGGCCACUAGGAAUGCCAUCAACUCCGAAGACUAUCGCCACCAAAUCAAGCAGGCCACAGGAUGGGAGGUAGAUAUGCUCCCCAAAGAGGCUGAGGGCAGGAUUGGUGCUAUGGGCGUUGCUAGCAGUUUCGCCAGUGUCGAAGGACUCGUCAUGGACUUGGGCGGAGGAAGCACUCAAAUAACAUGGAUGAUUGCCAAAGACGGCCACAUCCAAACGAGCCCCAAAGGCAGCUUCAGCUUCCCUUACGGCGCGGCAGCAUUGACUCGACAACUCGAGGAGCUCUCCACCUCAUCACCGGACCACCACUCAAAAUGUAAAUCUACGACCACACCUAGCAGGCGCGCCGAACUGGCAGAAACCAUGCAAGCCCAAUUCCGCCAGGCGUACGCAGACCUCGACCUCCCCGAAUCCCUCCAGCACAAAGCCCGCCACGGCGGACUCACACUCUACCUCUCCGGCGGCGGAUUCCGAGGCUGGGGCUACCUCCUCAUGUCCCAGCACAAAGUCUCUCCGUAUCCCAUCCCCAUCAUCAACGGCUUCCACGUCACAAAGCGCGAAUUCCAACAAACCGCCGAGAUCUCCGCCGUCGCCGCAGAGGAAUCGGUCUUUCGCAUCUCCAAGCGUCGCGCCGCGCAAGUGCCCGCUGUAGCGUUCCUAAUCAACGUCCUCGUCGACGCCCUGCCCAUGAUCCAACAAAUCCGCUUCUGCCAAGGCGGCGUACGUGAAGGCUUUCUUUUCGACACGCUCAACGCCGCUACCAAAGCCCUCGACCCCCUCCUCGCCGCGACCAACCAAUACGGCACAUCUUCCGCCACGGAGCUCUCAGACCUGCUCUUCUCCGGCCUCCCCGGUGCGAAUAUCUACGACCGCUCGCUUCCAUCGACGUUUACUCCGUCCUUCGUCCGCGCUGUCACGGACAUGAUGUACCUGCACCUCCCGCUGCCGAAAGAAGGCCGGUCGAUCGCCGCGCUACAUGCCCCUUUGACAGGCGUUCUAGCUGCCGCCCACGGCAUCUCACACGUCGAUCGCGCCCUGCUCGGCCUCACGCUCAGCACGCGCUGGAACGUCGAUCUGCCUCCGCCCUACGCAAACUUGCAGGCCCGUCUCCGUGCCAUGCUCACGAACCAAGAAGUCUUCUGGGCAAACUAUCUCGGCGCGCUCGCCGCGCUGGUCGGCGCCGUGUACCCGGCCGGCCACAUCGGCUCUCGUCCGCGAUUGCAAUUCGCAGCGCGCUGGGCUGACGGGCUCGGCAAGAAAGGGCUCCAUAUGGGCGUUGUGCUGGAUAUCAAGUGUCGGCGUGACGAUGCUAUGACGGUCCCGGUCGCUUUGAAUCCAUUGGUGCAUGAGAUUGAGAAGCUUGGCAAGAAGAAGAAUCGCGCGGGUGGAGAGUGGGGAUUCGGCAUCGCAAUCGAGGUAAGGGUUGAGAGGGUAUUGGACUAA